AUGAAUGUGGAUGGCUUGAGCCUACCCAACAUAUCUCAGAGUCCCAGCAAAGUACUUUGGGGCACUCGCAGGGGUUUAACCACGCGUCGGCAGAGGGAGUUCAUGCCGGAAGAGAAGAAGGACACAGUUUACUGGGAGAAACGGAGAAAGAACAACGAGGCGGCUAAGCGAUCUCGAGAAAAGCGACGUCUCAAUGAUGUGGCCAUUGAAGGCAGGUUGGCCAUGCUGCUGGAAGAGAAUGCUAUACUAAGGGCUGAGCUGCAAGCGCUCAAACUUCAAUUUGGCUUGUUGCCAUCCAUGUGUGGUCCCCGGAUGCUGCCCUUGCAGGCCAUGCUAUGGAAAUCUUCCUGGACUGGGGAGUCCCAUCCAGGGGCUGACUCAUUCUUACCUUUGCCUGGUGGCCAUGGUUGCCUGUUCAAACCAUAUGCUGUGGAUUCUGGGAUUCCGGGUUGCUCAGGCUGCCUGGUGGCUCAAGGGUGGCCUGGCUUAACUGAUUCCCCCAGGUUCUUGGAGGAGUCACAGCCCCUGCCUCACCGGAUAGUUGACAGAACCUUUCACACUGCCUUCCCAGCUGCUGUCUUUGGUUGUCAUUUCCUAGAUAGGCAUGUGGGAACUAGGCCAGAGCUGAAGACUUGUUGUGGCCUGUGGUCACCUAUACCCACUGGAUCCCAUGCCCCAGGGUCCUCAGGUAUAUCAAUGACAUCCUCUGAGAGUUCCAUGGAGUUUUCUCCUGGUAUUAGCUGCCCUGUUUCAGAUGACAGGUCUGAGGGUCGGGCUAAGACUUCUCUGCCUCACAAGCUGCGCAUCAAAUCCCAAGCCUCAAGAGGGUCAUGUUGA